CUCCCAUUGAGCUGAGCCGCUUAGACCGGCGGCAGCUCCGCGUCAUCCGCGGCAUUACCGCCCCACGCAUGACGCGGCCGGCCGGCGAUGCCGCACUCAUAAUCAAGACCCGUUGCCACAGCCCCGCAUCAUCGUCUCUUGCUUCUCGACCACCACCAGCGAGAAACCCAACCACCCAGACUCUACCAGCUUAUCGGCGUCCAGCGAUGCAGGCUGCGUCGCACGGAGCGCGGGCGUCUGUCCGCAGCGCUCCGAGCCUGUCAGCCUGGAGCGCAGUGAGCGCCCCACGGCUGGCAAGGUCUAUACAUACCUCUCAUACUGCCAAACUUCGACACACCGCAACCUCUACCGCGAGGAAUGCCUCGUCCUCUGCUACGGGGGGUGCCAAGGGCUUGUUCGAGCGCUCGCGGGCGUUCGUGAACAACCUUGUCGCUCACCUUACUGCUCCGGGCAUCGGGGUGAAACCUCACGGUCCCUACGUCGGUCAUGGUUAUCACCAGGCUGCUCGUGCACCCAUUCACUCUGGUUACUCCCUCCCCCUUCGCACCGCACUCGCUCGCCCAGCCCUCAGUACCCCCGCUACCUUCCUCCCUCGUGCACCGGGCGUGCCGCGCUCGAUCGCCCAGGUCGGCCUUGGUACUGCACGCAACUUCUCGACGGCGCGCCCCAUCUUCCAAAGCCUGGCGGAGAAUGUGCCGGUCGCGACCCGCGCUCUCAUCGAAGCCGGCCCUGACACCCGCCGCGCCAAGCACCGCGCGCAGGCCCGCAAGAUGGCGAAGCAGGACAAGGAGAACGGGCGUGCAUUCCGCGCGCCUGGGUUCGAGAAGCAGCAGAAGAAGCUUACCAAGGAGGAGAAGGCGGCGAAGAAAGAGCAGGCGAUGAAACAGUACUUCGCUGCCCCCUCGCAGGCCGCUGUCGUCACCCAGCUGCUCAUCCCCCUCGCCCCCACCCCGACCGAGCGAGUCCCACUCGCUCCCUCGACCACUCUCGCGGAGACCAUCAUGCCCCUCAUGGAGGUCGCUUCCGUUCAUGCGACCCACGGUUCGCAUCGUAUGCGCGUCGCUGCACUGUUCGAUCGCCUGGACGGCGCCCGAGUAUGGGACCGCGGCGUCUCGUGCUCCGCCUACUCGCAGCUUGCGGGUACCUCGGGCGUGUGCACAGUACUCAAGGUCGAGUUCGUGGGCUGGACGAAGGCGGAGGUGCGCUCCGUCAUCGGCGAGAGCGGCACCGGCUGGUGCGUCCUUGAGGAGUUGGAGACCAUCCCCGGCGCCGACUUUGCGAACGAGGACAUGUCCGGCUACGAUAGCGACGUGCUGUCGGAGAUCUCGGGAUUGACUGGCUCAGAGAUGGACGCGUUCAGCGAGCCGGAUCUCGACCUAUCCUCCCCGUCCACCAUCGACCCGUCGCAGUCGUUCGUGCUGCCAACGCUCGACUUCUCGUCGUCGUUCUCAGCGACCGCGCACUCGGCGGCGGCGUCGGUGUCCGACUUGUCCUCAGCGCUGUCUGAUGUCGGGUCCGACUCGCUGUCCGACCGAGCAAGCUACGCAGCGGUCUCGUCGACGAGCUCACCGGUAUUCAUCGACCCGCCUUCGGAGAACGGGUGGUACACGUUCAGCUCUGACUUUGGGCGGCGGUCGGGGAUGCUGUCGGGAGAGGAGAAGCAGGAUACGCUCGAGCAGCAGUUGUGAAGGAUGCGAAGUUUUGCAGAUUUGAAGGGAUACAUGUUCGCCAGUUUCUUGUCCUCGUCACGACCUAGUUAACGACUACCUUUACCUUCUCUGUGUGUACUGACUUGUACUUGCCACCCUCGUUAUUCCCCCAGUAAUUCUGGUAAUCAUACAUCUUGUGCGAAAAGCCCGCCACGCAA